UCCUGGGGGGACCCACUUCAGCUGGCGCCGCAGCAGGUAGGAGACAGCCCCUCCCCCCACCGCCCCUGUGCUGGGGGGCGUCGCUCCUUCCGCUCGGCUGGUACCCCAGACCUAGAGCCGGGCUGAGCGGGGGCACCCCCGGGCCCGCCUCCCACCCCCGCGCGGGCCAGGAGCCUGCGGGCACCAAGCAGGGCCACGCUCCCCCCACACCGGCCGUGACCCAGCUCUGCAGGGGGCUUGUCCCCAGUCACUGUGUGCCCGGCCCCCAACGGGGGAGAGCCUCCUCUCCGCAGUAGGGAGCUCCCGCAUGGGGAAGGCAGGCUGUGCCCGGCUCCUAAGUGCAGCGACCACAACGCCCUGAGUUGGGACACGGACCCUAGGAACAGGAACAUCUGCAAACCAGCUAGUGGGGCCCAGGCAGUAAAGGGAUCACCACACUCUGAACCAGAGCUACCUGGGGAGGAAUGACCCCAAUACUCAAAGACUGACAAAUGCUGUAGGUUGUGUCCCCGCAGCUGUUACACCCCUGCUUCAAUAUAUACUUGGGGGGGGGGGGGUCUUCAGAUUAUUAAACAGGUUCCUAACUAGGUCUCCCCACCCCCUAAAGGGAGGCCAGCAUGCAGCUGGAACCUUUUCCUUAGAGACCUAGUUAACAUUGGUUUGGGAUACAGCACUGUUUCUUCCCUAUGGGAAAGUGAAAAACUUCUGUGUGGCAUGAAAAAUGUGGGACUAGAAGAAGGAUGAGUAAACAACUUUUCUGUAAAUAAAGUGUCCCUUCCUUUCUCCAGUCUCUUAAAAAGAGCUUUUCUUGCAAUAUUUUUGGCCAGAAGUGGAAAUAUGAGAAGUUUUAUUAGGAAACUCUGGGGGGGAAAAUUGUUCUUGAAGCAUUCAGAUCCUAGUUUUGCCAACAGUGGAGACAGAUUAAUGUUCUGACAGUUGGAAGCUUAUCUUAUCUUCUGUUAACCUGAAUAAUUUUGUAAAAUUAAGUUUAACUGGUCCUAUUAUUUUUUGACAUUACUAUUUUUUUUAAUGCUUAUCCCUCUGCUUGUUAGGUGCUUUUAAAAGAUUUUAUAAAGUUAAAGCAAGAGUACUCCAAAAGUAAUUUAAAAGCUGACAUGUUUUUGCAGGACCAGGGUCUUGUGGCGUGGGUAGUCUUGUUGAUUUCUAUGGUAUAUAGUGGGUAAAGUUAGUCAUGUGUUUUAGUCAUUGCAGGAUCUAGCACUACAUCUGUACUUUAAUGUGUUCCAGUUUUUCUGUGUGUGUUCAUUAACUCUCUAUUUUUGCUUGUGUGUGCAGGUGGACUGGAUAUCAUUGGGGGGAAAAAGAGCUUGUAAAUGUCACUUGCUACUUCAUUGGAAUUUAGCAUAACAUUAGUGAUUACUUGUACCCUCCAAACCAGUCAAAUCUUUAUGCCUGGAACAUAUUUGUCGUUUAGACUUUUGUAUUAGUACCAUGCCUAGCAGAAUGGGAUCGAAAAUGAAUCUGAACAGAGACUUCAUCAGAGUAAAAGCACAUUAUAAUGGGGACAUCCUAAUAACAAAUUUGGAUGCAUCAAUGAACUAUGGUGAACUUUGUGAUGAAGUGAGGGAGAUGUGCAGUUUACAACAGGAACAGCCAAUUACCCUCAAGUGGAUUGAUGAUGAAGGUGAUCCAUGUACUAUCUCAUCUCAGAUGGAACUGGAAGAAGCCUUCCGUUUGUAUUGUCAUCAUAGAGAUGAAGGGCUCAUUAUUCAUGUUUUCCCCAGCAUUCCAGAGAAACCAGGCAUGCCAUGUCCAGGAGAAGACAAAUCAAUCUACCGACGUGGAGCAAGAAGAUGGAGGAAGCUCUACCGUGUGAAUGGGCAUCUGUUUCAAGCCAAACGCUUUAACAGAAGAGCAUAUUGUGGCCAGUGCAGUGAAAGGAUAUGGGGUCUCGGAAGGCAAGGCUACAAGUGUAUCAACUGCAAAUUGCUGGUCCAUAAACGCUGUCACAUACUUGUUCCACUGACCUGCAAAAGGCAUAUGGAUUCGGUCAUGCCUUCCCAGGAACCUCAAUUAGAUGAUAAAAAUGAUGAAGUUGACCUCCCCUCAGAAGAAACUGAUGGAAUCCCUUACAUUCCUUCAACCCGGAAACAUGACAACAUUAAAGAUGACUCUGAGGAUAUCAAGCCGGUUAUUGAUGGAAUGGAUGGAAUUAAGAUUUCUCAGGGGCUUGGACUACAGGACUUUGACUUAAUCAGAGUUAUUGGACGUGGAAGUUAUGCCAAAGUUCUUUUAGUACGGUUAAAAAAGAAUGAUCAAAUUUAUGCCAUGAAAGUAGUGAAAAAAGAAUUGGUCCAUGAUGAUGAGGAUAUUGAUUGGGUACAGACAGAGAAACAUGUGUUUGAACAGGCAUCCAGUAAUCCAUUCCUAGUUGGUUUACAUUCGUGCUUUCAAACAACAAGUCGAUUGUUUCUUGUCAUAGAGUAUGUAAAUGGGGGAGAUCUCAUGUUUCAUAUGCAACGGCAAAGAAAACUUCCUGAAGAACAUGCAAGAUUUUAUGCUGCUGAAAUUUGUAUUGCUCUGAACUUCCUACACGAGAGAGGAAUAAUCUACAGAGAUUUAAAACUAGACAAUGUUCUGCUAGACGCAGAGGGUCAUAUCAAGUUAACAGAUUACGGCAUGUGCAAGGAAGGAUUGGGCCCUGGUGACACUACAAGCACUUUCUGUGGAACGCCAAAUUACAUUGCACCAGAGAUCCUAAGAGGAGAAGAAUAUGGGUUCAGUGUGGACUGGUGGGCUCUUGGUGUCCUGAUGUUUGAAAUGAUGGCAGGAAGAUCUCCAUUUGAUAUAAUAACUGACAAUCCAGACAUGAACACUGAAGAUUACCUCUUCCAAGUUAUCCUUGAAAAGCCAAUCCGGAUUCCAAGAUUUCUCUCUGUCAAGGCCUCUCAUGUCUUAAAAGGAUUUUUAAACAAGGAUCCCAAAGAAAGGCUUGGCUGCCAGCUAGAGACAGGAUUUUCUGAUAUCAAGUCUCAUACAUUUUUCCGCAGCAUAGACUGGGAUCUGCUGGAAAAGAAGCAGGCGACCCCUCCAUUUCAGCCUCAGAUCACAGACGAUUAUGGUUUGGAUAACUUUGAUACACAGUUCACCAGCGAACCUGUGCAGCUAACCCCAGAUGAUGAAGAUGUAAUAAAAAGAAUAGAUCAGUCGGAAUUUGAAGGAUUUGAAUACAUUAACCCAUUGUUGCUGUCAACAGAGGAAACAGUAUGAAGGAAUGACAUCUCCAUUGUGGACAAAUAAUGUGAAUGAACUUUAAAUUUAUCCUUAACUACAGUAUAUGCAUGCAAGGCUGGGGAACUGUAAGGUUUUGGAUGGAGACCAAUGAUAAAAAAUAUUGCUGCUGAAAAUCAAAGAUGAGAAUAUGAUUUUGGUGGGUGUCUUCCUCUAAAUAUUGGUUUUUAAAAGUUUUGGGCACUGACACAACUGGCUUCGUUAAUGAAGGAAUUUGCAUUUGUGCCUGUCUCGUGAAGGAUCAAAGUGUUCAUUGCAUCCUCGGGAAAAGAGAGAUUCCGAACAACUUUGAAAGCUACAUACUUUCCACAAACACUUGAUGCACUGAGCUAUUAAUUGAAGAAUAUUAGAGUGUAACAUCCUGAAGAAUAAAACGUUAGUGGUGUUGAAGCUUAUUUUUUAUGCCUUUUUCACAAGUGGUACCUGUCUAAACGUCUCAGAUACGAUAUGUAAAAGGAGUUGUGUUUUAUUAGCAAUCAAAACAUAAAUUUGGGUACAGGUUUUAAGUGCCUAAAUGGAUGAACUGCAUUGAAGACUUAUUACAUAUUUUCAGCAUUCUUAACCCUGGUAAGUUAGGCUUGUUAACAUUCAACAAGGAACAUAUAAAUAAAAGCUGCAACCUAAUACUGAGGUACAUCUUUAUAGAGGAGUAGAGUGACUCAGCAAUACCAAUUCCAAAUUAGAACUCCCUGUAUCAAAUCAAAAAUCUGGAUUGUUUAAACCUCAAAAUUUUAGUUUAAAAAAAAAAAAAACUAAAUUUGCACAGAGUGGAUUUCUGAAAAUACGUAAGCAGUGCCUACAAUGAUGUCUUGUGUUGUGUAUUAAAUUUUUGAAAAGUAUUUUUAUCAAUAAUACAAUAUUCAGAAAUAGAACAACAAAAGUGUAAUGGAUCGUAGCCUUAAAGUUUAAAUAGCAAAUCUAGAUUAUCCAUAAACAUGCUACAUUUUCCUGAUAAAGCACACCUCCUACUAAUCAACUGUCUGCUUAGAAAUACUCAGUGUAUAUUACUAAUUCAUUGUUCUACAUAGGAGAACGGGAUGCUUUGAUAAAAAUGGCUUGCUUCAAAGCAGUAACAUUUUCAAUGGAAGGAAAAAUGAAUAUGUGAUAAUUUGGGUAAGGUGAUAGAUGUCCAGUCCCUUCUCUUGAAAACUGGAAAAAAGGGGAUGUUCUAUCACAAAGGUUAAGAAUUUGUUGUCAGCUGUGGAAAAACUCAUGUCACUAUAUUUAAUGACUAAGUGUGCACUGCAAUCUAAAAGCUUUCAGAUGCUUGUAAAGAUUUACCUGUCUCAUUGCAGAUGACAACAACAAAGGCAGUAUUUUGUGCUAGGUUUUUGUUUAACUACAUUGUGUGGCUUGUGGUUCUGGGGGGAAAUUGAUGUGGGAAUUUAAAAAAACCAAGAAACCCUGUGCCAUGACAUCUCACCUAAUUUGGUGUAAAAUGCAGGAUAAAUUGCAACAUUUUCUUUACAUUAACAUAUAGGUUUCUCAGGGUACAGCAUUGCAUUAGGUGCUGAACAUGACAUCUUUCGGAUUCACAUCCAAGUCAUGAGGUGCUAGGAUGAGACUGCCAAAACAUUGUGUUUAAAUUUUUCAAUUAACCAUUGGUUAAACUACAUUUUGUAUCCCCUCAUUGGCCACAAUUAUGCAAACCUGUGGUAAUUCAGUUUUAUUAAUCCCAUCCAGAUUUGAGUUUUGGGUUUUUUUGUUGGAUUGUAGCUUUUUAUAUUAAGCAAGAUGUGUUCUAACCAGCACUAAAUUAUUUAAUCAGAAAAAAGUACUUGCCUCAAAUGCUUGGAGUUUAGAUAAUUUGGUAUCUAGUAAAGAAGUUACUUACUUUUUAAAUGUAAUAUGAACUUUUUUGUUUUAAUUCCCCCUUUUUUCCCUCCUUGGCAACUUAGUGUACCCUGAACAUUUUCUGUGUUUCAGUAUUUUAAUCAAUGCCCUGGGUUUUACAACUGAUCAUUACUUAAAACAGUGACUAUGGCAGUUCUUGCAUGGAGAUAUGACAAAGCUGCCCUUAAAUGGAUCUGGGCAAGGGGCUUAGAAAUGGAAACAUGGAGGUUUUUUACCUCAAAUUUCUAUGAGACAUUGGAACAUUUUGUUUGGGGGGGAGGGAGAAAGAAAGGGACAGAAAGACACAUUUGCUCAAAAAACGUUAAAAAAUCCUUGAUUUAUUUACAAUUCAAGGCAUUUACAAUGUUUCUGUGUUGCCAAAUAGUUUGCUGGUUAUAAGUUUGGUUGCUCACGUGCAAGUGUAUGAAUAAUGUUCUGUUCAUGAUGAAGGGGGAAAUUUUUUAUAUAAAGUACUUGUUUUAUAAAUUAAAGAAAAUGAAGGAUGUAAUUAAAUGUGUGGUUUGAAAAAAAAUCCUAAUAUAUUACAAAUGGAUCUGGUUAUGAUAUAUAGUUGUCUUAUUUGAAAUAGUAAAUGAAAACUCUAGCUAAUUUAAUGAUUGUAAAACAGUAAAUAUGUUCUUGUAGUUUUGUAUAAUUAAUUAGUUGAGAUCUUUGCUGGCCAGUUUUAAUUGUGCAGAAGAUGGUAUACUAAUCCAUAACAGCUAAGAUCAUUUAUAUUCUUGCACAUCUAUUAAAGACUUUAAUGAAAAAGCCAA